CUGUCGACGCCUAGUUGUUUGUGUAUCUGCAGUUGCUUGGCUCAGGGUGGCGAGUUUGCGCUGUCCGCGACGCUCACUGACCUCCCGAGACCCGCCGCGUGCGUGUGUGUGUGUGUGUGUGUGUGUGUGUGUGUGUGUGAAGCGCUCAGCUGUCUGUCAUAAACCAACACAACAGCACGCGCUUCUCCAGAGCAAACCAGACGGAGCGCGUGCAGAGGCGCUGGCGACAGCCGAGUUGGGACUUCAGUUAUGCACAGCUAGAUUAAAGCACAGCGAGCCGGUAUUCGCGUCAAAAUGGACUGGUGUACAGGCGAACUAACGUGAAAACAUCGACAAAUUGACUUAGACAAACGUUACUUAAAGCACGCGGGCGCGGGAUGAUCAGCAGUACCUUGUUUACUCUCGAAGCUUUUACGCUGAAGCGCGAUGUUCGGGUUUGACAGCAGUGCGUAACAAUUCGUCCGCGCUGAAUAUGACAGAGGACAUAAUGACGGCUGUGCGCGGAAAUCUUUCUCAAACAGCAGGUGCCACGGGACAGAAGGACAGCGGACAAACUGAACCGACAAACGGGUCAAUUCCUUCCUCCUCGCCCGCGGAGCUGAGCCGGGACCCCGCGUCUUGCGCCAGUGAACUGACGCGCACGUGGCUGCAGUUCGCCAAGACCUUCGUCAUUAUCUUCCCCAUAUAUGUCUUGGGCUAUUUUGAGUUCAGUUUUAGCUGGCUUUUAAUCGCGCUCACGAUAUUUUUCUUUUGGAAAAGAAACACUGUGUGUAAGAACACUAGGUUGAAUAGAGCUCUUUCGUUUUUUGAGCAAGAGGACACGGUUAAACAGGAGCUGGAGGCAACUGAGUUACCGUCAUGGGUUCAUUAUCCAGAUGUGGAAAGAGUUGAGUGGCUAAAUAAGACAGUGAAACAGAUGUGGCCUUACGUGUGUCAGUUUGUGGAGAAGCUGUUUAAAGAAACAAUUGAGCCAGCUAUCAAAGAAGCCAAUUCCCACCUCAGUACAUUCAGCUUCACCAAGAUCGAUCUUGGAGAUAAGCCUCUCAGAAUCAACGGGGUCAAAGUUUACUCUGAGAAUGUGGACAAACGGCAGAUCAUCAUGGACCUUCAGAUCAGCUAUGUUGGAAAUACUGAAAUCGAUGUGGAUGUCAAAAGGUACUACUGUAGAGCAGGGAUCAAAAGCAUACAGCUACAUGGAGUUCUGCGGGUGAUUCUUGAGCCACUUUUGGGGAACAUGCCGCUGGUUGGUGCUCUUUCCCUCUUCUUCCUCAAGAAGCCACUGUUGGACAUAAACUGGACAGGCCUCACAAAUAUAUUGGACAUUCCAGGGCUCAAUGGCUUUUCAGACCACAUGAUCCAGGAUAUUAUCAGCACUUACUUGGUGUUGCCUAAUAGGAUCACUGUACCACUCAUAGGAGAGGUCGAGCUGGCACAGCUCCGUUUCCCUAUGCCAAAGGGAGUUCUAAGGAUUCAUUUUCUUGAAGCUCAGAAUCUGGAAGUUAAGGAUACAUAUCUGGGCGGGCUGAUCAAAGGGAAGUCCGACCCCUACGGCAUGCUGCUGGUCAGCAAUCAGCUCUUUAGAAGCAAGACCAUCAAAGAAUGUCUGCACCCCAAAUGGAAUGAGGUGUAUGAGGCGCUAGUAUAUGAACAUUCAGGACAACAUCUGGAAAUUGAGCUCUUCGAUGAAGACCCAGAUAAAGAUGACUUCUUGGGCAGUCUGAUGAUUGACUUGAGUGAGCUUCAUAAAGAACAGAAGGUUGAUGAGUGGUUUGACUUGGAAGAAGUUACUACAGGCAAGCUUCAUCUGAGAUUAGAGUGGCUAUCAUUGUACCCUAGUGCUGAGAAACUAGAUCAAGUAUUAAGGAGCAUAAGGGCUAAUGAAAAUCUUUCCUCAGCUCUGCUAGUUGUUUACCUGGACUCUGCCAGUAAUUUGCCGAGUGUCUUUGAGGGCAGCUUUGGCUGUGGAAACCUAAAGGAGAGGAGGGCCUCUGGUCUAGUCUUUUGUGAGAACCAAGACUCUCUCUAUAGAACGUUAUUUUCUGGGAAAAAAGUGAGCGUAGAUCCAAACCCUUUUGUCAAACUGACUGUAGGACAAAAGAUGUACACAAGCAAGGUGAGGUAUAAAACUAGUGAGCCACUGUGGGAGGAGGCUUUUCACUUUCUUAUCAACAAUCCCCGCUCUCAGGAACUGGAAAUUGAGGUGAGGGAUAGUAAGCACAAGUGCUCUCUGGGUAGUGUGCGGUUGGUGGUUGCGUCUCUCUUGAAGGAGGCGGACAUGACGCUGAAUCAGCAGUUCUCCCUGCAGAACUCUGGCCCCAACAGCACCCUCAAACUCAAAAUGGCUCUCAGGGUCCUCUGUUUAGAGAAGGAGGUCACAUCCAGCCAGCCGUCUUCUGUCCGGGUCAGACACAGUAGUCAGAAUAACUCUUGCAUGUCUCCUCAACCUCAAACAACCACCCCUAGCACCAGCAACCCCAACCAGCCAUCACAAAACCCAUCUUGUACCCUCGCACCGGACACCCCUCAAGGGAAAAGAGGAUCGGAUGGCUCCCCGGUGCGGCUAGCAAAGGCAGGCCGCAGCAUCUCUAGCUUGGAGAUAAGCAGCUCGCACAAGCAUCAGACUCACAGGGACUCUACACCUAGUCUUGCCUCUGACAUAUCGCUGCCCUCUGCCACGCUGGAACUGCAGCACAGGUUACAGCAGCUACAAAAUGGCUCUGGUCUGAACCGGUAUCCACUCGGUGAAGUCCAACUCACUAUUCGACACAGCUCACAAAGGAAUAAACUUAUUGUAGUGGCCCAUGCCUGCAGAAACCUCAUAGCAUUGAAUAAAGAUGGUUCAGACCCAUACAUCCGCCUGUACCUGUUACCAGACAAGAGCCGGAGUGGCCGCAGGAAAACCAGCACACUCAAAAAGACGCUCAAUCCUAUCUACGACCAGUCCUUUGAGUUCAAUGUGUCUAUAGUGGAACUGCACAGAAGAACUUUGGAUAUCGCUGUCAAGAAUGGAGGAGGACUGUUGUCCAAACACAAAGUACUACUGGGAAAGGCACUUGUGGACUUGGCAGGUGAAGACAUUUCUAAAGGAUGGACUCAAUGGUAUCAUCUGACGGAGGAUGGCUCGAAGAAGAUAAUUCAGGCGUAGUGGCCCAUGCUAGAAAGCAGAUAACUGGGACGUGUCACGGCACACACAGGAUAAUGUAGAAGCUUUAGUAGCAGAAGAGCAGCGCUGGACUAACUAAACCAGGCUACUUCUACUGGGAUUUACACUGGCCUACAAAGUGUUUCUCUCAUUCUCACCAAAGCUGAAAUUGCAUCAAUAUCCGGCUUACUUUCACUUUCUCAAGUCUGAUGGGUUUUUUAAAAUAUUUUGUCUCCUUUUUUUAUUUUAUUCUUUUAUUAAUUUUAUUGGUAUUUGGACACAUAACAUCAAAUUUUUAUAAGUUAACAGUAGACAAAAAGAUGUAAAUGUGCCUUUAUUUAUUGUAUUUAAGUUAUUGUGAUUUCUUUUUAAUACUAUGUUUUGUAAGCAAUCAUAAUCACAUCAGAAAAAAUCACAUGUUGCUGGUAAGUCAGACAUGUUAUUGUAGCAUUAUUGUUUGUUUCAGGCAGUAUAUUAAACAAAGCAUGUGGAUAAAGGCAAGGUUGCAAGUGCAAAAGAACGUAUUUAUGUAUAUAUGUAUGUAUGAACAUUUCUUUUUCCUUAGAUUUUAUGAUGCUUUUUCUAUCACUUACAUUUAUGGAAAAAUCCGAUUUAUGUUCGGCUCUUUAUAAAUGAUCCAUUGAUAAUUUAUUUUUAAGUAUUUUACUGUAUCCUGUUGCACAAUACAAAAUGAAAAGCCUGUACAGAAAUGUAUGAUACCCAUUUUGUCUGCAAGAGUUUUAAGAGAAAAAGCAAAAUGUGUUUUCAGUAUGUGACAUAUGUAAGAUUAGAAUAGCUUGGUUACAAAGUGUUUUGGAUUGUUUAAAGACUGUGAAAUGGCUGUUGAUAUGAUUUGCAGCCUUGUUCUUCUCUAUGCAUCAUGCACGACAUCAUUAAAAUUGAACUUGAAUCACA